AUGAUAAAAGAAAAUAAAAAACAAUAUACGCCUGAAUUAAUGCAUCUUGCAACCCAAAUCAGUAACACUGGCAGUAUUACUAUUUCAUCCACUGCUGAAUGUACUAGAGCAAUUAUACACUUCUUAACAGACAAGGAACCAGAUCACUGGCUUUCAACUGGAACUGUUUUAUGCUGGAAUAAAGAAGUUGCUACUUCAUGCCUUCAUCAGAAUUGUCCUAAAGAUACCAAUUCUCAUUUUUAUUUUUGUGGAAUAAUGUGUGAUGAAAAUAAUAUUGCCUAUAUGUCUGGUUUCAAAUCAGGUGCAGUUGUCAAAUUUAAUUUGAUGUGUCAGUCUUCCUCCUAUCAAAUACCUUGUGGUUUAUAUGCAUUGCAAAUUACAUUAGUGAAUUUUGAAACUACAACAAUUGGAAAAAAUAAUUCUCCAUCAGGUCUCUCUUUGGAACAACAACAGCCAUAUAACCUUCUCAGUUUAACAUACCACUUACAUGGUGGAUAUAAUGAGGGCAAUAAAGAAAUUUUUAAAUUUUUAACUGGAUUUGAUACUUUACCUCGAAUAGUUACUGAAGAUGAGACAAGAUGCCUGCCUUUUGGGAAUUGUGCACAUGAAAUCCCAGAUCAAGUUCUUAUCUGGAUAGAUGAACUCAAGAAAGCAGAAGAAAAUCCAGAAAAAGCACCUAAUUCCGAGGAUACAAUCCCCGAAUGA